AUGUUCGAUUCAACACAGGAAAUUUCAUUGGAAGUGUGGCAGAAAUGGAUAUUGGAUGCUAUAUCGAAAAUCCGCUCCCAAAAGCAGCGGCCCAGUGUCCAACGUAUAUGUCAGGCCAUUGGCGCCCAUCACAAAUUCCAUGAGGAUAUUGUGGCUGAGAAAUUGGAACAAAUUGUUGAAACCGGUGCCGUUAUAAAGGUCUACAACAAGGGCCUACAUUCAUAUAAGGCUCCCAUGGCCAAGCGUGUUGUCCGUGUGGAAAAGAACACCAAUUUGUGUAAGAUUGUGGCCCGAGCGGUCCACGAUUUGGGUGAAUGCGAAGGUUCCAGUGUUAAGAGUAUUGAAAAUUAUAUCCAAAAAUUCAAUACAAUUGAAUUGAUUGGCGAGGCUGAUUACAAGACAGUCAUUAAACAGUCCAUUAAGAAGGCUGUGGAAGCUGGGUUUUUGAUACAGGAGGGUAAACUCUAUAAGAAAGGACGUUCUUUGACCACACCCCGCAACUCUAAUGCCUCUGUGGAUAUACCAGUACAGAUUGGUAAUGACAUCUGUAAGCAUUGCUCUGGCAAUGCCCAGAAGAAUUUAAAUGGCAUUCCCGAGCCUUUGAGCUCUUGCAAACAAUGUGGCAUUUCGUUGCACACCACAUGUGCCAAUAUUGCUGCUAAAUGUAAGACCCAAUCAUUUGUAUUGCUGUACAUGCUGGUGACCAAGGGCAGUUCCUGGUACUGUGAGAAUUGUGUUAAAUGUGCCUGUGGCAAAGGCAAUCGUGGCCCCUGUCUAUUGCAGUGUUUUGUUUGCCACAAAAAUUUCCAUUUGAAUUGUUUGGACACCAUACCCGAUAAGAAACCAAAACAUCCAUUUAGAUGCAGUGCAUGUUUGAAAUUGAAUACGGAUGUUUUUCGUAUGGUCAAGGGUAAAGAUUCGCAAAAGAAAUUGGUUUUAUCCAAGGGCCGUAAUUCGGCGGCCAAACAAUUGACCAUGGUAUCACCCACCUCCAGGGGAGCAAAUACAUCUGGGGAUACCAGUCUAACCACACCGAAUAGUUCACCGGAAAAAUAUUGGCCCAUUGCCAAAUCCAAGGUGGCAAAAACCACACCCGUUAAAAUGGCCGGUGGUAAUGCCUUCGAUGUUGCCUCCCCCUCAUCUUUGGCCAAACUGAAACAUCAAGCCGCCAUGGAGGAAAGUCUAAAACAACAUUUGGCUGCCUAUGAACAGGACACCUCGCUGAAGACCAUGAAAGGACGCAAGAGAACAUUAUCAAACCUCUCCUCCUCCAGUUCUUCUAGUGACAGCGAUGAAGAACAAAAUAAUGAAGAUCACGACAAUGAUGACACUACUUCAUCUGAUUCAUGUUCCUCCACUACCAGCAGUGGUUCCGACUCUUCUGAGAGUAGCAGUGAUAGUUCGGAUUGUGAUGACAAUGACGAGGACAACGAUGAUGAUGAUUACGAUUCGGAAAAUAGUGAAUCAAAAUCCAAUGUAAUGUUGGCUCAAAUUUAUAAGAAACAAAAAUGUGAGGGUUUAUUGGGAGCAGCUGCCAACGCGGCAUCCUCUUCUUCGCCCAUGGCAAAGCACAUGAGUUUGGUGCAGCCUCAAAAGGAAGAGGAAUGGGGUUUUGCUGCAGUGGCCAAAAGUCAUCCGGAUAUAUUUGCCAAUACGGCAGCCGCAGCAGCUGCAGCCACUGCAAAUGUGGCGGCAGCGGCAACCAGUGUUGCCAAAAACACCGACUUAAUGAAAAAUUUAAAACCCGUUAAACGCAAACUUACCGAUCAUUUUGCCACCUUGUCAACAGAACAAAAAAACGCCACCAAUCAAUUGUUACAGGAUAGCAGUCAACCGCCACCGCAAAAAUUGCAAACAAAUCAAGUGCCCUUGCAAACUGAGACCAAACCGGAAAUUACUCCAAAGGAGGUGAAUAAGGCGAAUACAACUCCCGCUGCGACUACGGCUUCAAAAGACACGGCCAAACCAACCAUGAUGAUUAAAUAUAAACCCAAACCAACAACUGCGACAUCGUCAACCAAUGCUGUGGCCAAUACCACCGCCGCCAGCAAUCAACCACCGGUCCAAAAGAAGGCCGUCUUACUUAAAUCUAUGCCUUUGGAAAAGAAACCAGUUCCUAAACCCGCUGAAGAAGACGAUGAUGAUGAGAUCCCUUUUUUGUCACAACAAAAUAUAAUUAAAUAUAAAAUGAUGCAGGAUAUUGAUAUGGCCAAGAGCCAGGAGAAACCUGAGACACCACCACCCAACAAAGAGGUGGCCGAAGAGAAACAUCCAUGGGAAGUGGUGCCCGAUGAGAAUCCAUUCGACUCACAACCCCUACCCAAUGGUGUGUCUCAGGCCGAUUAUGAUAUUUACAAAAAGAUAAGGGAGCGGGCACGCAAGGCCAUUGCCGGUGCCAUGGAAAGUCCCAGUAAAUUGAUAGGCAAACCCGCAGCCAUAAAUGCCAGCGCUGAACGUUGCCCCGGCUCCAUAGAAAUUGGCAAAUGGCACAUUGAAACCUGGUAUUCCAGUCCAUUUCCACAGGAAUAUGCCAGAUUAACAAAACUGUAUUUGUGUGAAUUUUGUUUAAAAUACACUAAAAGUCGGGCUGUCCUGGAUCGUCAUCAAAACAAAUGUUCAUGGAAACAACCUCCUGGCACAGAAAUAUAUCGUCAUCAGGAUUUGUCAGUGUUCGAAGUUGAUGGCAACAUUAACAAAAUCUAUUGUCAAAAUCUUUGUCUCUUGGCCAAGCUGUUCCUGGACCAUAAAACCCUGUAUUACGAUGUGGAGCCAUUCUUGUUUUAUGUCUUGACCAAGAAUGACAAUAAAGGUUGUCAUUUAGUGGGCUAUUUUUCCAAAGAGAAACAUUGUGCCCAGAAAUAUAAUGUGUCGUGUAUCCUGACAAUGCCUCAAUUCCAGCGCCAAGGUUUUGGACGUUUCCUAAUCGAUUUUAGUUAUCUACUGAGUCGCGAAGAAGGCCAAUUAGGUACACCGGAAAAACCUCUAUCGGAUUUGGGUCGCCUAUCAUAUUUCUCCUAUUGGAAGUCGAUUAUUUUGGAAUAUUUAUAUGAACACAAACAUGAUAAGAAUAUUACCUUUAAUGGCAUUGCCGCGGAGACAGGCUUGACUAUUGUCGACAUUGCCUUGGCUUUGGAGCUGUUGAAUUUCAUUAAGCUUAGGAAAAACGAAGAUGACAUCCAUUAUCACAUUAACAUUAAAGUGGAUUGGAAGCGGGUAAAUGACCACCACGAAAAGGUGAAAAGACAAAAUAAUCGUAUACAAAUUGAGCCGGAGCGAUUGAGGUGGAGUCCGCUAUUGACACAUGUUAAAAAUCAAUCAUUGGAUAUGUCGGGAAGGCAAAGUCUGUCGCCACGUAAAAAUGUCAUGAAAGUUGAUGAGAAUAAGAAUGCGGGCAGGCAACAAAAGCAACAGCAAGAAAGUAAAGUGGCAAACGAGGUGAAAGAAGCCCCAGGGGAUAAACAAAAUGUGAAACGAGAAGAAGAGGUGGUUAGUAAUGAGGCAAAUGUCUCGAAAGAUAAUGGAAAGGUGGAUGAAGAAGAAGCCCACAACAAUGAACAUUUAUUUCACGAACGUCCAAUGACGGAGAAGUUAAAUACAAAACGUAAAAGACCCAGCAAGGCUCAAAGUCCACCGCCAGCAGCAGCAGAAACCACUACACCCAGUCCCAUGGACAUUGAUUCGGGGGCAAAAGUCGACGACAACGACGAAGAAUCAUCAAAAAUGGAUGACAAUGCCAUUGUUGCCGAUAAUUAUAAUACUGAGAGUAUGGAUAUAUGCACACCGUGUCCGGUGGAGCCAACACCCACACCACCCACAGGUGGCAUUGAAAGUGAUGAAGGUGGGAUUAAAAAUGAAAAUUCCAAUCGUUCCAAUACAAAUCGUAAAUCAAGCCCUCCACCAUUACCGCCCUUGAAAAGGAAACAUGAUGAACUAUCCGAAUCGGAAAAUGAUACAAGUAUGGAGGAUAAUAAUGAAGGAUCAAUUAAUAGGGAGGGAUUCAAGGAAACUAAUAAUCCCACAAAUGAGGAAAUGCCAUCUUCUAAGGAAUCUCAAACAAAAAGUAGUGGCCAGGAAGAACCUAUGGAUGAAACAAAAAAUGUAAUUCCAACGACAGCGACAGCAGCCGCUCACCCUGAGGAGGAAAAAACAAAUGUGGAAACCCAAAUUGAAACAAAAAAUGAUAAACGUAUACCAAAUUUAUUUCCCAAAUUGAGAGCUAAAAAUUCGGGUAAACUUAAUGAGGAAAUAAAUAAUGAUGCGAACAAUGACGUUCCAGAAGCAGUAGCGGCUGCUCCUCCUCCGCCUUCUUCUGUCCAACAACCAAGUAAGGAGGCCCAAGCUGACGCCCAUGAAAAUUUGAACUCUGAAUUAAAGGACAAAGAAAAGAAGCUGGAAACGAAAACAACGUCAUCACCCAUAAAAAUGGAAUACAGUGCAGGCGCAACAUCACUGACAAAAUCCUCCAACAUGGAAACCGAUGAAAAGGUAUUGGAAGCAGUGGCCAAGAAAACUAAGAAAUCUUUGUUCAAUGAAACCGACAUUCCCGUUGUGAAGCCGGAAAUUGAAACACCAUCUGGGUCAAUUGCACAUAACAAUAAACCCUUGGAGGCAAAGGAUCAACCAGCAGAUUUAGCCAAUGAAAAAUCCAAGGACUUGACAACCUCUACACUCGGCGGUGAGCCAAAUAAUAAUACUAUACAAAAAGAUGGUAGCAACACAGUUCAGGAGGUAUUACCACCGAUCACCAACAUCCACCCAGAGGAACCAGCAAAGAACCGCAUGUUGGAACAGUAUGCAGCUAAUGUUUCGGUUAUUGAGGAGAAUAAAACAACAAAAAAGGAAUUACAAACAGCCGUUGUUACAAAUGCAACAAAUUUACCCACCACAACAACAACAGCAAGUGCAACAAUUACCACUGCGGCGUUACCAACUCCCUUGGAUGUUAAACCUUUACAGGAGGAACCCCAACACCAAACAGUGUCGUCGGCCGUAUUGGAAAAUAAAGUUAAGCCAGAACCAGCUGCAGUCACUAAAGCUGAAACAAUAGCACCAGCAGCACCACAACCACCAUCCCAGCCACAGUCAACAGUUGUGGCUCCACUUAAAACCGAACAACUUUCACCAACUCCAAAAAACCCUAAUGUCAACGAGGCAGUGACCACCAAUAAUGCCGCCAAGCCAGAACCGGUAAUUACAGUUAAUCAAUUUGCAAAGUCAUUGACCUCCCAGGAAAAUAAACCAAACAUUACAAAUAAUAAUCAUGGGGGUGCAAGCCAACAUCAACAACAGCAACAAUCCACGUCCCAACUUGACAAUAAAAUGGCAAAAACCACAACUAACCCAACCGUAAUAUCAUCUACGGCAUCCACAAUUAGCACCGCCAACAUGGCCGCCCAUGUAGGUCUCAAUGCAAAUAUCAAACCAGAAAUACCAUCAACACCAUCUCAAAUGCCGGAACAAAUGAUUUUGAAGAAGGAACAUAACAGCAACAACAACAGCAAUACUAACACUAAUAAAAGUAGCCCACUGAAAAUGUCGUCCAGCAACCAGCAAACAACACAUUUGGUAGAUACCAAACCACCCUUGGCAGUGACAUCAGAACCUCUGCAAAUACCCCAGGUCUCGCAGAUUCAUGCCCAACAAAAUCAUGCCAUGCAGCAGCUGCAGCAACAACAGCCCUUACUGCAUUCCAAUUCAACAAUGAGUGGUGGUGUUUUGGCCCAAAACAGUCAACAUUCUUCAGCCCAUUCUUCAACGACAACAAGCGGAAAUUAUGGCAAAACUCCUCUCGACAAAUAUAAAUGUAAAACGGAAAAGUCGUCUACAGAGUUUCUCAAUGAAAAACAUCAUGCCACCAGCCAUGAGAAACACACAAAAUCGAAUAAAUCCAAAUCUUCAUCCUCCUCCUCCUCCGGUGAUAAUAAAGCUGGAGCUGCUGGUGGCUCAAAUUUGGAAGGUAAUAAAUCGAAAUUGAGUCACAGUUCUCGUGAAAAACUCGAACAACAACAAAAAAUGAUUGGCCAACAAAAUCAAGCCACAGCCGCCAGUGUCAAGGGUCUGCAUGGACCCAUACAAAUCAAGGAGGAAGAUCCCCGUAUGCUGCAAGCUUCUAUGGCCGCAGCGGCAGCAGCUGCCGCCGCCGGUUCAGCAGCUGGUCCCUCAAAUGUCCACGAUAAACUACAUUUUAAGGCCAGUGCCGAACAUAACCUCAAUGCCUUGGAUUUAAAUAAAAUUGCGCCGCAAUUUCCACUGAAUCAAUUGUCCAACUAUCAUACCUCCCAAUAUUGGCAAUGGGAUUAUUAUGGUUAUAAUUUAUCGCACUUGGAUGCCACAGCCCAGAAGAGUCAAAAUAAAUUCCACAAGGACCUGGCCUCGUCGAUGGCCUACAAUAAUUUUACCCAAAAUCUCUAUCAAUCGGCAAAUUUGGCCAUGCAACAUCAUCAGCAUCAUCCCAAGGAUAAGUUGAAAGCCGAACGAAAGACAAGCCCUUUGAAAAAAGACGAGGCGGCCCUGAAAGGGGCUGUGGCCCACGCCGUGGCAACGGAAAUGUUGCAACGUGAAGAAUCAGCUGCAGCAGCAGCUGCUGCUGCCGCCUGUAACUACAACAAUAGCCAUGGCUUAUAUAGGGGCGAUGGAAGUUUCACAAGUGCUGCUGCCUUAAAGAACAGUCGAUCCCAAGCAGAUCAACACAUACGUUCCAUGAAUAGUCAUGGCAAUGCUGCUCAGCAACAUCAAGCUGCCCAGCAACAGGCGGCCGCGGCUGCGGCGGCUUCCUGUCAAAAAGUAAAACCUGAACAGAAUAUUAAUCAGCAAGCCAAUGCGGCAAACAAUAAUUCCAAUAACCCACACAAUGAUAAUGACAACAAUAAAAUGAAAUCCGGUGGAGGAGGAGGCGGCGGCGGAGCAGGAGGUAAUCCUCAAGCCAAUACUGUUAGUCCUGAAAUGACUUCACCCAUGGUCUACGAAAAUGCUGGCAAUCAGAAUGCAAACAAUGGUGGUGGUGGUGGAGGGGGUUCCAGCAACAACAAUGGUGGCAAUGCCAACACAACUGGUGGCAACAUGCAGCAGCAACAUCAUUACAACGAAUGUGGUCUUAAUGUACCCAUGGGUAUGGAUUCGCCGGCAAGUAUUUCCAGUGACAUAACUCAAAAUUCUUCGGAUGUCAAUAACAGUGUACACAUGCAACAACAACAGCAGCAGCAACAAUUCUCCAAUUGUUCCAUGCAAAAUCAGGGUACAAAUACCCCAAUGCAUAUGGCCAUACACACGCCACAUAUACAACAACAGCAACAACAGCAGAAUAUGAAUAUCAACAAUCAAAAUCUGAAUAAUUUGGCCAAUAACCAACAACAACAACAUGGUAGUAAUAAUGUUCAACAACGAUCAACUACACCAAAAUUAAUGAGGAAUGCCAACUCCUCGGGCUCAAAUGCACAUCGUCAAUCUAAGCAACAACAACAGCAGCAGCAACAGGCUCUUAACAAUAAUUUAGCUCAGCAGCAGCAACAACAACAGGCCUUGGCAAAUCACAAUAGCCAACAAAAUAAUUCCGCAGCAGAGCAGCAAGCACAACAAGAACAACAACAACAAUUGCACAAUAUACAACAAUUUGCCCAAUUGAAUGCCCACCAUCAAAAUAUGCAAAGUGGUGGUGGUGGAGGAGGUGGUGGCAAUGGAGGCAGUGGUGGUGCCGAUAACAUAUAUCUCUCACAUUUGGGACAAAACUAUCCCGUCAAUACGGGCAAUUCAUCGUAUGAUAUUAGCUCUAUGCCAGCUGUUAUACAACAACGCAUGUCCUUGAACAGUGCUAUAAAUUCGCAUGCCGGUUCGGUACGUGUUGAACAGGCCUCACCCUCGUGUGCAGUUAAUAAUUUCUAUUUACAAAAUAAUUUGAAUACGAAUGAGUCGAUAAAUAAUACAUCCCGAGUACCGAUUUCAAUACCCUCGGGUGGUUCGUCAUCCGGUUCGGGAUCGGGCAAUGAACAUUUGAGUCAACAACAACAGCAACAGCAGCAACAACAACAGCAGCAGCAACAGACACGAGCUGAAUCUUUGCCCAGUGCCCAGGCCGGUGGUUCACCGGCUGUUGUGGGCAAUCUUAGCAGCUUGUCGCGUUUACAACAGUUGACCAAUGGCUUGGAUAUACCACCAUGUAACACCUCACCAAUUGGACAAGUCGAUAUGACACCACCACCGCAGCAUGGUAUUGGUAAUAAUUCCAUGACACCGCCACCCCACUUGAUUGUACCACAAAAUCGAAAUCUAAAUACUUCGCCCAAUAUGUUACAAUCCCAGAUGGCUUCACUACAAUACCAUCAUAAAUACUAUCCGGGUAAUAUGAAUAUUGCACCCAUAACCACAACAUCGCAGGCGGCUAGUAUAAGUCGUUCGGUGAGGAACACGGCAUCGGCACCCAUACAGAACAUUGCCUCAACACCAUCCACUUCUUCGCCGAACAGCAGCCGGCCCAGUAAUGUGCACAUUGCUCCCAAUUUAAUGACACCCUACAGUUAUCGCAUGUCCACGCAGCAGGCACCGUCGUCCAGCUAUUCCACCGGUGGUGAAUAUCCAAAUUCACAAAUUCCCAUGCAAAUGGGUGUCAUGAAUAUGCAAUCUCAAUAUCAGGAUGCGUGCGCCAUACAAAGGGCAGCCCAACAGAAUUCGAUGUAUUCCACAUACUCUCCAUACAUACCACUGAAUGCGCCUAUGAGAAGAUAAGUUAGGAAGAAGAAAAGGUUAAAAUAUUGAAUAUUU